AACCCAAUUCACCACACCGACUUUGCGAAGAGCCACGGAGCACGAAGACGGACCCCUCUCCAUCUCUCUCUUUCUCCCUUCUGUCCGUCGCCCUUCGUUCAUGGAUGAAUGUUGGUGACCCUGAGCCUGUUAAAUCUAUCAAAUUGGGAGCAGAAGGAAAUGAAUCGAAGAUUUGGAGGAGGAAGCUGCAUUGCUAUCCGUACAGGUCAUUCGAUUUCUUCUAGAUUCCACCACGCUUCUGCUGCUUCUUUUUCGGAUCCUGCAAUUUGCGGAGCUUCUACGUGGAUAAGGAAGGGCCUUCCUUGUGUGUGUUUUAAUAAAAAAGCAAGUUAUGCAAGAAUCUUCAUGAACGUGACUCCUCUUCAGGAAGAGAGACUAAAAAGGCUAAAAAACAGAGCAAAGGUUUAUUACGAUGCUACGAGGCAAGAACAUCAGGAGGCUCUGAGGGCAUUAUGGUCAUCUGCAUUCCCAGGACAAGAAUUACAUGGGCUGAUAUCAGAUGAAUGGAAAAAAAUGGGAUGGCAGGGAAAAGAUCCAUCAACAGAUUUCAGGGGAGCUGGAUUCAUCUCCUUGGAGAAUUUGCUCUUUUUUGCAAAGACAUUCUCUAUAUCUUUUCAGCAUCUGUUGAGAAAACAAGGCGCUAGGGGAGUUGCAUGGGAAUAUCCGUUUGCAGCCGCUGGUGUAAAUAUUACAUUUAUGCUCAUGAAAAUGCUUGAUCUACAUACUACUACAAAACCCAGGACACAUGUGAGUGCUGUUUUUGUACAUAUUUUGUCAGAAAACGAGUGGGCUUUUGACCUCCUUUAUUGUAUCGCAUUUGUUGUUAUGGACAAAAAAUGGAUGGAGAAAAAUGCAACCUACAUGGAGUUUAAUGAGGUAUUGAAAUCAACUCGGGCACAAUUGGAGAAAGAGCUACUUUUGGAUGAUGUUCUAAGGAUUGAAGAUAUGCCAUCUUUUCGUCUUCUUCAUUAACUAUUAACAAUAACAGUGGCCAAUAGCCAUGUAAUUAAUUAUAUAACCAUGUUCGAUGAUUGAUCACAUGUGUUGAUUCCUGGUA